AUGCCCAGACUAAAGCAGAUAAUAAAAGGGGUGGCGGUCCUGCGGGAGAGGGAUGGCUCCACCUCCAGAAGGGGCAGAUUGCCAGUGACCCCGAACAUAUUACGCUGGAUGAGGGCUGUAUGGCUGCGAGGAUCUCAGGAGGAGGGUUACAGCCAUGUUAUGCUGUGUGCUGUAUUGCGUGUUACCUUCUUCAUAUUCAGCCGUUCCGGCGAGAUGACGGUGCUGGAGGGUGCCCUGUUCGAUCCACGAGUGCACUUGGACAUUCAGGAUAUAUCGGUGGACCGGGAGGGGCAACUGAGAGUGGUGUCCAUUCGUCUGAAGAAAUUUAAGACAGACCAGGAAGGACGAGGAGCGACCUUGAUAUUUGGUAGAACGGGGAAUGAGCUGUGUCCGGUGAGUGCACUAAUCCAGUACAUCAAGUUAAGGGGUACUAAGCCAGGUCCACUCUUCCAAUGGAAGGACGGCACACCCCUAUCCUGUACACGUUUUGUGGGGGAAGUUCAAAAUGUGUCAUUGGAGGCCGGUCUCCCCGCAAGAAAGUUUACAGGUCAUAGUUUCCUGAUUGGGGCGGCUACCACCGCCGCUACAUUGGGGGUGGAGGACUCCAAAAUACAGACUCUUGGCAGGUGGAAGAGCAGUGCAUUCCUAUCAUACAUUCGCUUAGGAACAGGGCAGCUGGUUUCAAUGUCGAAAGUGCUUGCACAAGGGGACAUGUAG